AUGGCUACUUUCAAUUUUUCCUUUGUCUCAAACUACUACUACUACUUCCUUUUCUUGAUUUCCUUACUACUCAUCUCUAAUCUUUUCUCUAAGAAAAGCACCACCAAAAACAAGCCACCAAGUCCUCCAGCUUUUCCCAUUAUCGGACACCUUUACCUUAUCAUGAAAAAACCCCUACAUGAAGUCUUAAUAGAUCUUUCUGACCGUUACGGAGAUGUUUUACAUCUCCGUUUGGGUUCUCAAUCUGUUCUAGCUCUUAGUUCUCCGUCAUCCAUCGAAGAAUGCCUUACGAAAAACGACAUCAUUUUUGCUAACCGCCCUCAUGCUGUUGUUGCAAAACAUCUAGGUUACGAUAAUAAAACUCUCGAAUGGGUAUCGUAUGGAUCAGACUGGAGAAACCUUCGUCGAGUAAUGAACAUGGAUAUUUUUUCUCAUAGUAGCCUUCAAAAGACAUCUAAUAUUCGUAAUGAAGAAGUUCAAUAUAUGUUGCACCAACUUUACCAGAGAAGUUUGUCUUCCUCUUCCACAGAAAUAUUCCAUGAGGUAGAUUUGAGGCCUAUGUUUUUCGAGUUUGGGUUUAAUAUAAUCAUGAAGAUAGUAAGUGGAAAGAGAUCAUAUAAGGGAAGUAAGAAAUGGAGUUUCGAUCGUUUGAUUACCGAGAGUUUUCUUCCUGAAAGGUUGAUUCAUACGGUUGAUCUUUUCCUGUUUUACGAUGGAUUGGUUAUCGAAGUACUGAGAAGAAGUUGA